GCGGCGCUUCCCUUCCCGGCCGCUCUGCUCUCCCCCCCGCCGCUUCCUCAGCCGCUCCGCUUCCACGCACAACAUCCGUCGUGGCGAGCGGGCUCGCAGCCGGAGGCCGAGCGAGCGAGCGGUCCCCCGGCGCCAAGAUGCCGCUGGGCCUGAAGCCGACGUGCAGCGUGUGCCGCACCACCUCCUCGUCCAUGUGGAAGAAAGGCGGCCAGGGCGAGAUCCUUUGCAACAACUGCACGGGCCGCCCAGGGCCUCCCGGGUCCGCGGGAGCCGCCUACGCCACCACCUCGGCGGCUGCGCAGCACAGCAACGGCGGCAGCGGCGGCGGGAGCGGCGGCGGGAAGCAGGUGAGGCCAGUUUCGGGCUGCGGCGGGUCCCUUGAGCGCUCUCGGGGAGCAGGGCCCGCCGCUGGAGCAAGUGGGCCUCCUCGGUCGCCCUUCCUGAGCUGGCGCGGCCAAACCACCCUCCCCAGAAGAGGCCAUUGAACAAAAGGAGGGAGAGCUCCGUCUAAAGAGCAUCCCCACGGAAGCAGGGGGUUGGACUAGAUGACCCCCGUGGUCCCUCCCAGCGAUACCAUUCUAGGUCUAGGUCAGCUGUGUGACAUCGGACCUCCGUGGGUCACGUCGCGCUCUUUUCGUUCUGCUUCAGAUCUCUUUUCCGUACUCCCUGGCGCCGCCCAGCUCUUCAAGUUAAUAGGCAUUGCAAGGAUAAAAGCUCAACAACUUUCAACCUUACGGUGCACUGAAACUUAACCUGAUCUGAGUUGUGCCUCUAACUCAGGGGUGGGGAUUCCCUUCUUGGCCAGCCUUCCGAGGGGUUACAUGCCAGUGGCGGGUGCAGGCAAAAGUGGGUGGUGCAACUAGUGCACAUGCUACCUAUGUGUUGGGAGUGGGAAUGUGUUUGGGUUGUUGGAAGUGAAUUAGAUAAGAGUUUGAAAGGGAGUUUGAAUGCUGUUGGGAGGCAGUUGAGAAGUGAGUUGGGUUUUGGGAAGUGGGUGGUUAAUUGGAGUGAGAGUUGGAAAUGGAGAGUUUUGAUGGUAGCAGGGUUGGUUUACUAGAGCAGGAUCAGUAUUGUUAACUAGCUACGUUUUUAUAGAGAAAAAAGUAACAAAUGAUACCAAACUGAUACCAUAUGCUUCUGAACCCUGUGAUCAUCAAACCCUUAUUUCUGUUUUUUUAAUAAGUGCUGUAUUGCACCACAUGCCUCUUGACUGGUUAUGUUAGAAAUUAGAACUAUUCAUAAUAUUAUGUCUGGUGUGGAAACAAGAAGGAAACUUCAGAAGUACCUAUCAGAAACCCAGUUUUCUUACAAAGAAUGCUGCGGUGGUACAGGGGAGCUGAGGGGAGUGCCAGAACACCACAUAGCUUAGGCAUGACACUAGCCUACUCUCAGAUAAUUCUAUAUUGGUUUGCAGCCUUAGGCUGAGAUCCCGGGCUCACUUAUCUGAGAAUAAGUCCCAUUGAAUAUAGUGGGAAUUUUGAGUAAACAUGCAUAGGACUGCACUGUAAAUUCUGCUAUGAUUUGAAAUUAUUUCCGAGUUGCUGAAACACUCUAGAUUGAUACCCAUUCUUUCAUUGUAUACUGUGUUAGUUUUAUGAUGUUAGCCGCCCUGAGCCCAGCUCCGGCUGGGGAGGGUGGGGUACAAUAAUUUUUUUAAAAAAAAAAAUAUUAUUAUUAUUAGCUGUCCUGCAGAAAAUUUUUUGAACAGUGUUUAAGCACUUGAAACAAAUAAAAAUCUUUCUGUUGAAAUUAGCGGCAUGUACUUUUUUAGUAAAUGUGUUUAGAAUAGGUGUUUCAUCUCUUUCUGGCCUGGGGCAAGUGGGUCCUACUGUGUCCCCCGGCCCUAUGAAUAACUAUAUAUAUAUAUAUAUAUAUAUAUAUAUAUAUAUAUAUGUCUUGUUGUAUAUUUGAUCAUGUAUAUACUAAUGAAUUCCCACUAUUUCUUACUUUUGUACACUAGAGUAAGCAAGAAAUUCACAGAAGAUCUGCUCGAUUAAGAAACACAAAAUACAAGUCUGCUCCAGCUGCUGAAAAGAAAGUUUCCACUAAAGGAAAAGGGAGAAGGCAUAUUUUUAAGUUAAAAAAUGUAAGGUGAUUAUGGACUCCAGCUACAGUUGAGCACUUUCUAAAUUAAAGCAGUGUGGCAGGUGCUGUACUUAAAAAUAGUAAGGUUUACAAAAGGCUGCACCAAAUAUAAAUAUUUUCCUACAUGCUUAUAAAAUUAUAUACAACUUUGCUACAUUAGUAUUGCUUUCCUGAAGAACCAUGAGUAUUUAACACAUAAGACUAUGCACAUUAUUGCAUUGAAAUAUAUGUUUUUAGUAUGCUUCAGUUCAUACUUGUUGAGCAUAAUGUGUGAAAUGACUCUUGAGCAAUGUCUUAAGAGACUUUUUUUCAUUUGUGUAUAAUAUCAAUAUUCUAUGCAUUUCUGAAUGUGAAAUGCUUCUUGGUUAAAACACGUAACAAAUAUAGAUGCAUUUUGUCAAAGCUUACUGAUAAUGAAGGUAUUAAUUUCUUGAUGUUUUCAUAUAUAGUGGUCCAAAGAUUAUCAAUUUUUCAUCCAAAUCUCAUUUACAAAAAAUGCAUUAUAUUUUAAUUUUGACACUGUUACGUUAUUUGUGCAGUUUAAUCAUUAUAACCUUCCUUUUUCAGCCCAUCAAAGCUCCAGAGUCUGUAGCUACCAUUAUUACAGCAGAAUCUAUCUUCCAUAAGGUAUGUUAUUAGAAGUUUAUGAACAUAGGAGUGUUUCAAAAGUUAAUAAAUAUUUAAAUGAGUACUUGGUAAGAAAAUUUAUUGGACUGUGACUCAGACCUACAGUAUGUAUUUAGUGUUUUUGCAGUAGCACUAUAAAUCUGCACUGUAAUUUGCAAUUUUUCCUGUACAUUGUUACUGAAGUUUCCUAAACGUAUAACUUGCUAAGGAUGCUAGCAUGUUCAUGACUGAACUGAGACUUUCUGAUGUAGUUCAUACUCUUCAAGAGCAAAGUAGCUGAUAUUUUCAAAUUGAAAAACUCCAUUAGUUACUAUCAGAUCGUUUGCAAUGACAUAGCUUGAAACUGUUAUAUAUUUAUUUAUGUUACUGUAUUGAAACUCUAACUUACUUAUUUGGAGCAGCUUGACAGCCAUUUUAUCAAUAUCCUUAUCUGUCUCUAAAAAGAUAUGAAAAUACUGUUUUUAUUUAUUUUAACAUAUUUAUGUGCUUUUAAACCCUUAAAUCAGCACUAUUGGCAUAGAAGUGCAGACUAAAACUCCAAACAGCCAAAUUUUAGGGGAAGGAGAAAAAUGAUGCAGGCACAUUGUUUCAGUCCUGUUUGUUGUCAGGGAACACUGAAAUUGCCCUUAAACUUAGUGCUGUGGCCUCACUGAAGGAAAAAUGCAAAUAUGGCUUUCUGCAACUGCAACGUGGGGGAAACGGAUAAUGUACAUAGACCAGCUGGGGACCAACAAGGGAAGAAGGAUAAGAGCCUGGGGAGUGGUGGUGGGACAACGAUGAGGGAGAAGACUGGGAAGAGGAGGGGUUGGAAGCUGAGGAGGUAACAGGGCUUUGUGAGCUGGGAGAACCUGUGGCAGAGAGAAGUUCAGAAUCCGAGUCAGAGGCUGAAGCCGAAGCCGAAGCUGGCAAGUGGGAGGAUGGAGGCCAAUAGAGAUGAGGCAGGCUGGUGAAGGGUCAAGGGUGUGCCCCCAUCCUGCUGCAACAAGCUCCCCUUCUCCCAGAACUAGAAGAGGGUUGAAACAGGCAGAGUGGCAACAGACCUCAUGGAGGUGUAGCCUCCAAUUGCUUGGGGAAAGCCCUGGAGAGGAGGGGACUUAGAUGGUUGUGGGGAGGCAGGGACUUCCAGUCUUGGCAAUUGAUUUAAUGGGGUAAGACCUACUGGGGAUGAGCUGUUGUACUUGUUAGGCCUGACACUCAACAAGAACAGUAUCUUCACAGACUUGGUUAAUAACAAGUUAUUUCUGGUGUGACUACUGGCCAGCUCACUCUGUGACACCGAAGCAGAAACUAUUAUCAGUUUAGCUUUUUAAAAAAUUAAUUCUAAUGAUCUAUAUCUUUUCUAGGGAGUUUACUAUCAGAUUGGAGAUGUUGUUUCAGUGAUUGAUGAGCAGGAUGGUAAAACAUACUAUGCUCAGAUUAGAGGGUUUAUUCAAGACCAAUACUGCGAAAAAAGUGCAGCUUUAACAUGGCUCAUUCCUACUGCAGCUAGCCCCAAAGACUGUUUUGACCCUGCAACUUACAUAAUAGGUAAGUUCCAAGGCCCAAAAUGUUAAAAUUCUACCUGUCCUGACAAAGCAGAAAGUGCUACAUGUGAUAUAACUCCAGAGUCCUAGAUUUCUUUUUAUCCUGUAGUACAAGCUAGUUAAGCAGCAUUGCCUUUAGACUUGCUCAUGAAUUGCAACUCUGGCAGAGAUGUAUAUUUGUGUUGGAAAUGAAGUUCAGAGUUGUAUAUUUGACAGCAACAUGUUCUCCUGGGAAGCGUGCUGAUGUUGGAGUGUCUUUAUCGGUUUAAAUCAGUAGUGCCACUAGAUAAAACUGUCUCCUAGCUACUUUCGGUGGAAAGAAGUUGCUAUGGACACACAAGGUCCUCUACACGUGAACCUUCUCUUCUUAGGCCCAAAGAAACUGGGCUGGAGGGCAACAUGCCUGCUACAGAGAUGCAGCAUGCUGAAUGCAUGCCCCUCUUCCAUCCUCAUCAAUAGUAUGGUUACACAGCCUCAAGCUGUGCAAGUCCUUCCUUUCCUCUGCUGUUUGUUAGUAGUGUUGUUAUUGAUCUGAAACCAGCUGAAAUUAUUUCCUAGGAGGAGCGAGAUAGCAGGUAUCCUUGUGUUGCUGCAUUUUAUACAAUUCUGUGUUUUGCCCUUACUUUGGAGGAUGGAGGACUUCAUAUUAGAUUCUCCCAUCUAAUGUCUUCUGGAGAACACUGCAGGCCCAGCUUGCAAAGCUUUAUUUCCUGCAUAGAGCUAUAUCCAUGCUGGGGAAAGAACCUGUCUUGCUAGUGAUACUUAAUGAGAAAUAUGACAAUGGCCAACUGGGUGUACCAUAAAGCUCCAAGUGGGGGGAUAACCAACUAACUUUUUCAUAUUUUUUAUUUAAGGGCCAGAAGAAGAUCUUCCAAGAAAAAUUGAGUACUUAGAGUUUGUUUGUCAUGCGCCUUCAGAAUAUUUCAAAUCUCAGUCAUCUCCUUUCCCUACCAUUCCUACUAGACCAGAAAAAGGUUAUAUCUGGACUCACGUUGGACCUACCCCAGCAAUUUCUAUCAAGGAAACUGUUGCCAGCAGCUUGUAGUGUGUCUUGCUCUUGAGAGACUCCUUUUUAUGUAUAUUAAUUUUCACAAAUGUUUAUGUUUUAGUAUAUCCAGCUAGGCCUAUGAGUGACUUUUAUUUAUUAUUUAAAUUUGGGUGCCUUUUUCAAAAUCAAAAUUUCUUCACGUUAUUUGAAACUUGUUUUUCUUCUCUUCUGUCAAAAGUAACUUCUCACAUGCUUGUUGAGUCUAGUGAGAAGCUGUACAUUUUGUAUUUGUUAGUAUUGCUUUAUACAAAAAUAAAGUUAUUGACUACCUUUCUUCACAAAAAAAGCCUGUUGUUACUAUCACUGUG